GGAUCAUGGGUGUACGAUACUGUUCUUACGCUUGAAGAAAGAGAUUUAUUUGAGAACGUUCUUGAAAGCCCUGACAAAAACGAUCAGUUCUUGAAUAUCUUAGGAAAUUUAAAGAUAGAGUCAAAAUACUACACAAUCAAGCAAUCUGGCACGUGCUUUCAAAAAUUUAACACAAGAGGCUUCUCAAUAUUCAAUUGUAAUAUUCGGAGCUUAGGAAAGAAUUUAUGUCUGCUUAAUGAUAUUUUGAUAACCGUGAAGGAAAUGCCUAGCAUUAUAACUAUUUCUGAAACUAAGCUAAACGACAAUAAUCAGCGUCUUCCCAAUAUUAAUAUACCUGGUUACAAUUUUGUUGGUGUGAAUUCUAGAACGAACGCUGGGGGAGUUGGUAUUUACAUAAAACAAAACCUAAAUUUUUUUCGCAGGCGGGACCUAGAGUUUUCUUCUGACGGUUUUGAAACGUGCUUUGUUGAACUACCGAGAGAAAGGCAAAAGAGUAUUAUUAUUAGGUAUCCUGCAAGGCAGUUCUCUUGGUCCCCUCCUUUUUCUACUAUACAUUAAUGAUAUCCCUAACUGCUCCGAUAAAUUGUCCUUUAGAAUAUUUGUAGAUGAUACCAAUAUUUUUGUGUCUUCCUCAAACGCCGUGGAAUUACAAAACUUAAUUAACCAUGAAUUAUCCAAAGUUAAAGAAUGGUGUGACUAAAACAAGCUAUCCAUCAACUUAAAGAAAACUAAUUAUAUGAUAAUUAAAUCACCUAAAAAGAAGACAAAUAUAACAUGGGAUGUAAAUUUAACUAACAAUGAUGGCUCCACCUACGGCUUAGAAGAGAGAACUUACAUAAAAUAUUUGGGCGUACUUAUAGAUGACACGCUAUCAUGGAAACAUCAGGUGUCUUAUUUAUGUACUCGAAUUUCUAGAAACACAGGAAUUGUUGGCAAACUCAGACACUGCACCUCCCUUUUACAACUUAAACAACUAUACUAUAACCUGAUCUAUCCUUAUAUAUCUUAUGCGAUAACCUCCUGGGGCAGUGCAUUUACUACUCAAAUUAAAAAAAUCCAAACAAAACAAAAUCAUGUUAUCCGCGUUAUGUUCUUUGCCACCUUGUUUGGACCAGAUACAGACAGUGCAUUACCAUUACUUAAUUUAUUGGAUUUACUUACUGUUACAAAUAUCUAUAAACUACAGCUUCUUAACUUCACUCAUCAGUGGCAUUCUAAAAAAUUACCAAAUAUCUUUAAUCAGCAUUUUCGCUAUGCAAGUGAAGUCCAUACAUAUAAUACGAGAUAUGCUUCAAAAAGUAACUUCUACAAACCACGUUCCAGGACCAAUAUAGGAAAGCAAACAACAGCGGCUAUGGCGACCGAAUUGUGGCAACAGCUCCCUACCCAUAUAAAAGACCUUUCAACUUAUAACUUUCCUAAAACAUUAAAAGAAUACU